AUGGAAGCUCUUCAUGACAUCGUUCUCCGCCCGCCCGUCCGCAACACUUUCGAUUUCAUCCGCCCUCUCCUGCAGACCCUCGUAUUUAUCUUCUCUUACGGCAUCACUCGCAUUUACGUCGCCAUCUGCGCAGUUCUCUCGGUCAUUUCCCUCAAGGUUCUCAUGAUGUUUCUCGUUGUAUCCAUCCUGACCUUCAUCCUCUUCUACGUCCCGCACCGUCACCGUAGCAUCGUCGCUCAUCGCAAGGACCCUAAGAAACUAUGGCCGCGCAAGAAGACUACUGAGAUGCCGUUCUAUGUCCUCCUUGUCUGCGGCUCCGGUGGCCACACCACCGAGAUGAUCAAGAUGGUCGAGCGCAGCAUCCGAUCUGAAGGCCCGCACUCGCACCGCCGCUGGGCUGUUGGAUAUGGUGAUGACCUAAGCUACAAGAGGGUCAUGGACUUCGAGCGCCGCCUGAACAGCCGCUUCACCUCGCGCAACUUGCGCGCCGGCACCUACGACAUCAUGUUCUUCCACCGCAGCCGCGCCGUGCACCAGAGCUGGUGGACGACUCCCUUCACCGUGUAUGACUGCACCAACGACGUCUUUGACAUCCUAACCACCCCGGCCCCCAACCCCACCAUCACCGAGUUUAAGAUGCCCGGCGUGGUCGUGACGGACGGCCCCGGUACCGGCUUAGUGUUUAUCGUAUGCGUCUACCUGAUGAAGUUCUUCGGUCUCGUACAUGAAGACUCGAUGAAGUGCGUGUUUGUCGAGAGCUGGGCUCGAGUUAACUCCUUGAGCUUCUCGGGCACGUUGAUCAAGCACCUCCAGUUGGCCGAUGUGUUUGUUAUACAGCAUCGCCCGCUUCGUCGACGCAAUCCCCGCCAGACUUAUACUGGCAACAUGGUCGUGAUGCCGACUAUCCCUAGCGUGCCUACGGAGUAA